UCCGGUGGAAUAUUCCAGCGAAUCCUGCUAUGCCUUUACAGAGAGACGCGCUGAAAAUACGCUGGAUUCUGGAAAGCGUUGUCUGUGACAGUCAGGUGCAGUCUGUAAUAUAAAUGUAAUCUUCGUCCAUUUAAAGUCAUAACUGUUUUCACUGAAUGUGAAUUAUAAAUACUGUGUCGUCGAAGUUUACCACCAAAAUACUUUAUUUGUCUGCGUUAAUUUUGAGUCGCAUCCUUCUGUGCUUGACCUUGAAGUUUCAGCGCUGGUUGACGUGGAGAAAUCUGUUGACCAUCAUGAUCCUCCUGACUCCCACAUCUGCCUUUUUCCAGGACGCUAACAAACUGCUCCUAAACGAACAAGCUAACUGGGUGCAUCUAAAGGAGUUUGCCCGUAAAAAUGCUGCCAACGCUCUUUCUGUUGCCAACAUGCUCAUGGGCAUGGCCUCAAUCCUCUGCAGUCUCAAUGGCCAUCAUCAUGCCGCGUGCUGGCUGGUUCUGAUCGGUUAUCUGCUGGAUUUGGCAGAUGGAGCGGUUGCUAGGCAACUAAAUGCGUGUUCUGCACUGGGUGCAAAGUUGGAUGAUUUUGCUGAUUUUACAACAUUUGGAAUAGCAACAUCUCUUAUCUUAAGAACACCUGGUCUUUUGGAUAACAUCCUGUGCAUGUUGUAUGUGCUGUCUGUUUAUACUCGUCUCUGCUUCUUCUCUAGCGGUGAGGAACUUAUACCAAACUUGUUUUCAAUACAC